UGCUACCCGGCAACAAAUAUUCAAGCCACACUCUCUCUGGUCUCCGAUAAUGAACGAAUGAACAUAGUAAACAGGCAAGCACCUAGCUGCUCACUCUAGGAUAGAACAGCCAGUUAACCCCUCUCUCUCCCUCUUCUUUGCUUCCUUUCUCCUCUCCCAAACUGAGCAGUGCAUGUCCAAUUGCAAAGAUGGCCACCUGCAUCAAACCUAUCGUCACUGCUAACCCCAAUCCGUUCAUCAGAGAAACCAAUAUUAUCAGUUUCCAAGUUGGAGUCUUGUCAUCCAAAUUCUCUUCUUUUUCUCCCCUCCCCCUUCAAAGUAACCCUAUGAAAAACAGGCCUACCCAAAUUGAGAAUCAGAGGUUUUGUGCUUUCUCAAGCCUCUACACCACUGCCCAAGCUGAGGUUUUGGGCGAUGCUGAAGUUGCAGAGGGGUACACAAUGACCCAGUUUUGUGACAAGAUGAUAGAGGUUUUGAUGAAUGAGAAGACCCAAACAAAGGAUUGGAGGAAGCUCUUGAUUUUUCGAGAGGAAUGGAACAAGUAUAGGAAAAGGUUUUUUGAUCGAUGCCAUUCACGAGCUGAUGCAGAGAAAGAUCCAUCAAUGAAACAGAAACUUAUCAUUCUUGCUAGAAAACUUAAAAAGGUUGAUGAUGAAAUGGAAAGGCACGAUGAACUCCUCAAAGAAAUUCGUGAAAACCCAACAGAUCUGAAUGCGGUGGUGGCAAGGAGGCGCAAGGACUUCACUGGAGCCUUUUUUCUGUACCUCAAUGUGCUUGCAGAGACUCUCUAUGAUACCUUAGAAGAACGGGAUGAGAUGGCAAGGCUCGGGGCUAAGUGCUUAUCUGCAGUAAGUGCAUAUGAUAAUGCAGCAGAAAGUGUGGAAAUGAUUGAUGCUGCUCAGGCGAAGUUUGAUGAUGUUCUAAACUCUCCUUCAAUGGAUAUUGCUUGUGAAAAGAUUAGAAGUCUGGCAAAAUCAAAGGAACUUGACUCCACACUGAUUCUUUUGAUUAACAGUGCUUGGGCAGCUGCAAAAGAAUCCACCACUAUGAAGAACGAGGUUAAAGACAUAAUGUAUCAUAUUUACAAGACUACAAAGGACAGCCUCAAGAACCUUGCCCCAAAAGAGAUAAAGCUACUUAAAUAUUUGCUUAACAUUACAGACCCUGAGGAGCGUUUCUCAGCAUUGGCAACUGCUUUCUCCCCUGGGAAUGAACGUGAAGCAAAGGACGUUGAUAUCCUAUACACGACACCCAAAGAACUUCAUAAAUGGAUAACGAUAAUGUUGGAUGCUUACCAUAUUAACAAAGAAGAAACGGAUUUGAGGGAAGCCAGGCAAAUGACUCAACCUGUAGUGAUCCAGAGGCUUUUCAUCCUUAAGGAAACUAUUGAGGAAGAGUACAUGAGGGAGAAAACUGAAGCUAAGAAGGAUCCAGAACCAGAAGAAUGAAGUAGCUUCUUAUUAGCUGCAUAUUUGGCGAAGUUCUCGAAUCUGAACAUUGUGACAACUAACAACUAGCAUAUAUCGGUUUAAGCAUGACAAUUUUUAUUUUAUUUUUCCUUAAUUUGGACUGAGCUACGGGAGCCAAAUCUAGACGGAUGUGAUUGUGAAAGUCCCACAUUUUUGUUAUAUGCCUGGAUCAAAUUUUUGUAAAUUAUUUUUUGGCCUCCUUAUGAGUAUGAUUCAACAUCAUAAUAGAGUUGGUGUAUGUCUAAUGUUGAGGGGCAUAGUUUUUCAUAUCAUUGUAUUUAAGUAGGUUUUGUCCCAUAUCCAAUAAUAUAAAUGGCAAUCUCAAUCUUUUCAUA